AUGGCGGAGAAUAGCGACAUGAUGGAGAAGAUGCUGAAGAUGAUCGAAGUGACGCAACAGCAAAUGCAGUUGCAGGCAACUCGGCAUCAAGAAUCGAUUGACAAGUUGAUCAAGUCCAUGUCAUCUGGAAAGAUCAAUGGCAAUCCGGGAACGGUGAGCCAAAGCGAGUCAAACGUGUCGCAAUCACAGCUGAUAAAUGUGAUCAGCGGCAGGAUUUCACAGUUCCAGUUUGAUCUGGAAACGGAGAAGACGUUUUCGAGGUGGUAUGAACGGCACGGAACUACGUUCGACCAAGACGGAAAAGAUUUGCCGGAUGAGGCGAAAGUUUCGUUGCUUGUGAGUAAACUUUCGGACGAGGUGUAUGAACAGUUUUCUAAGCGGAUCUGUCCGAAGAAACACGCUGAAAUGAAGUUUGAGGAGACUGUCGGACUUUUGAGGAAGAUGUUUGACGUGAAGAAAAGUAUUUUUUCCCACAGAUUUGCGUGCAUGAACGUGCAUGAACGGGACGGUGACUCGACGGUCGAGUACACCAACAAGGUGAACGCGAUGUGCGAAGCAGCAAAUCUGGACAAGAUCGACAUCGACGGAUGGAAAGUCCUCUUCUGGCUAAAAGGGUUAGAUGGGUCGAAAGACAAGGCUAUCCGGGCAUAUUUCAUAAAAUAUGUGGAACAGAAGUGGGGAAAAGAAGAAACUGUCACGAUAAACGACCUGUGCGAAGAGUGGCAGACAGCGGACAGACAGAAUUGUGUGAUUUCUGAGAUGGAGAAGAGUAAGCUGGCUGUAAGAGCGGUACACUCCAGAGGAAACGGAAAGGGAAAGCAGAACAGAUCGUUCAGGGGGAAAAGAGGAAGCUUGUUGGAAUUGUGCUUCGGCAAAAAAAAAUUCACCCGAUCCCGAUUGACAUCAAGGGGUUUUUAG